GGCCUCGGGUUGUGUCUCGAGGUGCGGGGCGUGCGAUCUGCUGGUGGGUGCGCUCGCUGCGACGUUGCGGAGGCUUCAAGAUGGCGGAAGCCUUUACACCUCAGGAGCAGCUGGCUGUGGAGGAGUUCCUGAGUGAGUUGCAUAGCAGGGAGCAGCCUCACAGCGCUGGGCUCAUCUCUCAACCGACAGCUGUAAAGUUUCUUAUGGCCCGCAAAUUUGAUGUCUCCAGAGCCAUCGACCUCUUCCAAGCAUACAAGAACACAAGAAUCAAAGAGGGCAUCAUCAAUAUCAACCCUGACGAGGAGCCACUACGCUCCGAGCUGCUUAGCGGCAAAUUUACAGUCCUGCCUGGUCGUGAUGCCAAGGGUGCCGCUCUAGCGCUCUUCACCGCUCGUCUCCAUCGGCCAGACCUCACCACCCACAAAGCUGUGCUUCAGGCCAUCAUCUAUCAGCUGGACAAAGCCAUAGAGAGUGUACAAACUCAAAGAGACGGACUCAUAUUUAUCUACGACAUGACCAACUCCAGCUAUGGAAACUUUGACUAUGAGCUCUGUGUGAAGAUCCUUAAUUUGCUCAAGGGUGCAUUUCCAGCUCGUUUAAAAUGUGUCUUCAUUGUGUCGUCACCUCUUUGGUUUCGAGCACCUUUUGCGGUUCUCCGGCUCUUCGUACGUGAGAAGCUGAGGGAAAGGGUGUGCACAGUGAAAGCCCAUGAGCUGGCCAGUCAUAUCCCAGUCGCCUCCCUUCCUGAGCACCUUGGUGGAACAUCCCAGUAUAGCCACGUGGCGUGGAUCCAGUCCUGUGUUAAUAUUCACACAAACACUCUUCAGGGUAACACACAAGAACAUGAUACACAUGACUGUGUGGGAAGCCUGCUGCGCUCGUACAGCGUGGAGUGCAGCAAUACAGGCGCAGGUGCUACACUGUCCCACACGCAUAUAAAUACACAGUUAGGUUCUGAACUAGCUGUGGCUAACUCUAACUGCUACGGUGAUAGCAAUGCUAACCCACACAACCACUGCAGUGUAGUGGAGAACAGGACUCGAGGCCUAGGCCAAUACCAGCAGAGCCCACAUUCUGCUGCAAACAGGCUGCACCAACACUGGAAUGGCUCAGCAGUGAGCGGAGACAACAUGACUGUUAGUGGCGCUAGCCCCAGUGCUAACAUGAACAGCAGUGGACGUCAAGCUCCUCCCCAGUCAGAAACACCUCCUGACACACCGCGUUCCCAGAAAAGUGACGGGGAUGCAGUGGACAGCAAGGCAGCAGACUCUUCCUGUAGAUCUCAGAUGGAGGAUGUAAAACAGGAGGGUGGAGAAGAGGAAGGGGUGCCUCCUUUGCCCCAGAAAUCUUUGCCUCGCCCACCGCACCAAACUCCCUCUCACUCCCUGCCACUGUCCUCAUCAUGGGGACACAAUGAUGAAGACCACUGUGUGGAAGUGUCUGUCCACAUGCCAGAGCCAGGAGGCAUGACGGUGCAUGAGCUGGUAGAGCAUGUGAAGAGGAAGAAGAAAAAAGGGAUCUAUCAGGAGUACGAAGAGAUCCGCAAGGAGCCACCAGCAGGCACCUUUGACUACUCCAAGAAAUUGUCCAAUCAGUUAAAGAACAGGUACAGUGAUGUUCUCUGCCUGGACCAGUCACGAGUGCGACUCUGCCAGCAGUCCGAUGAUGAAGACGAGACAUCAGAUUAUAUAAAUGCAAGUUUCAUGGAUGGGUACAAAAGGAGCAACGCCUACAUUGCAACUCAGGGUCCUUUGCCAAAAACUUUUGGUGACUUCUGGCGCAUGGUGUGGGAACAGAUGGUACUUAUCAUUGUCAUGACCACCAGGGUGGUGGAACGUGGACGUGUCAAAUGUGGUCAGUACUGGCCUCUUGAGGAGGGCAGGACUGAGCAGUAUGGAUACUUCUUGGUGAGGAACACACACAUCCAGGUGUUCCAAGACUUCAGACUUUCACAUCUUGAACUCUACAACACACAGUCUGGUGAGAGACGAGAGGUGUGCCACUACCUCUAUGUUAGCUGGCCGGAUUUUGGGGUGCCCAAGAGUGCUUCUGCUAUGUUGGACUUUCGUGAGCAUGUACUUCAAAGGAGGGAGGCUGCAGUUCAGAGCCUGGGAUCCAGUUGGGUGGGGUCUCCCGGAGGCCCCCCUGUGGUUGUGCACUGCAGUGCUGGCAUUGGUCGCACAGGCACGUUCUGUACACUGGACAUCUGUCUGUCCCGACUGGAGGACAUCGGCACAGUAGAUAUCCAUCAAACGGUGCGGCAGAUGCGUACACAGAGGGCUUUCAGCAUCCAGACCUGGGACCAGUACCACUUCUGUUACACAGCAGUCAUCGAGUAUGCCCAGCGUCAUGGGAAACUAAGUCCAGUGCAGUGGUCGGACUCAGACUUAGAGACUGACAGUGAGUAAGAGAUAUAUGGAGAUACAUCGGAUGAGGGGGAUAGCCAGCC